GAAAUGAUUCAGUGACGUCUGAGUCCCUCACAUGCACCCCCCAGAGAGAGGGGGACAAGUCCAUGGCUGCCUGAUGCUGACCAUAAAUACAGGACCCCUGGCAGGCUCAGCACCCCAGGGAGAUUGGCAAGUCAUGCAAUGCAGUGAUAUUUCUGCUGUAUGAGGGUGUUGGAUCACUGAGCAGUUCUACUCCUCCUGUAUGUCACCUGGGAGCACUUGUUGCGCUCUCCUGCCACAACGAAAAGGAGGAAACUACAAGCAAAUCUCAUCAAAGCCUCUCAAGAUGCACAAGUGCAACUGUCUGCUACUGGUAUCUCUAGUCCUGUGUGCUACAAUCUCACAGACAUUCGGACUAGUUUUAACAGGAAAAGAAAAACGCGGCUGGACGCUCAACAGUGCAGGAUACCUUCUAGGGCCACGUCGAAUUGAGCAGAUUUCACUGAUUAAGGAUAUUCCAAUGGGGAGAGAAGAAUCACCAGGGGAAUAUGCAGUAGAUAAUCAUAGAUCUUUCAGUGACAAGCAUGGAGCUGGAAAGCGGGAUCUGCUUACAGAAGAGGACACAAAGUCAGGCAACUUUAUAAGAACCCUGACUGAUGAAAAUGUUAUCCGCACAUUGAUUGAGUUUCUGACUUACCUACAUCUGAAAGAUUCUGGAGUACUGGACAAUUUAAAUACACCCAUGUCAUCAGAAGAAACGAAUCAGUAACAAAUUUGUAAUUGAUUGUAUAGCAAUGAAAUUUUCAGUAUGAACAUAAUUAUCCAAAAUGUUUAUUACUUUCAUGUAAUGUUCAUAAUGUUGCACUUAUAAAUAUAUACCUAUGAUAAAA